AUGAAUCCGUUGACAUCGGUGAAGCAGAUACAGAGAAUUAACGCCAGAGAAUCAGAUCUAGGUAUUUCCGAAGAAGCUUCCUGGCACGCCAAAUACAAAGAUUCAGCCUACGUUUACGUCGGAGGCUUUUCGUACGAUCUCACGGAGGGAGACCUCCUCGCCAUUUUCGCACAAUAUGGUGAAGUAGUUGAUGUGAAUCUCGUUCGCGACGGAGGAACUGGGAAAUCCAAGGGAUUUGCGUUUGUGGCUUACGAAGAUCAGAGAAGCACCACUCUUGCUGUUGAUAAUCUGAAUGAAGCUAUGGUGUUGGGACGGAUCAUAAAAGUGGACCACUGUGGUAAAUACGUAAAGAGAGAAGAGGAAGAUGAAGAGACGAAGCAGAAGAAGAGAGAAGCUCGUGGCGUAUGCAGAGCUUUUCAGCGAAAUGAGUGUACUCGUGGAGAUUCUUGCAAGUUCUCACAUGAUGAGAAAAGAGCUGCAAUAGAAGAUGAGUAA